AGGGGAACUUGAAACCGGGCCCUGCCAUUUCCUCUCGGUUGUUUUGCUUUUUUUAUCCUGGAUUCUCCAUGUUGGAGCAAUAGCGAGGUCUUGUCUAGUGUUCGCUAGCUGUCAGAGGGGACCGUAGCGUUACAAUAAUACACUUUGUGUUAAAUGCACGAGACAAAUUGGGUAGUUUGAACUAGGAAAAAUAGCGGUAGGUAGCUACAAUUGCUACGAGAAAAACCAAGGAAGACGUUUUUAUCGAAAUAUUUUAGGAUACCAACGGGUUGGGAAGCGCUAUUGCUAACCAGCUAGCUGAAUGUUGAAAGUAGCUACCUGCGAAUUGGGGGAACGGAUUGGACUUUGAGGGGCUGUGCAUUUGUUAGAUGGAAAGUUCUAUUAUCACUCAAGUGCAGAAAGAAGAUAGUCAACUGCCGUCCAAAACAGGUAAGACCUCGGGGUUACUGGCGCAGUGAGAUCACUUUAUCAAUAUAAUCUUGUUUGUUGAAGCUGACUCGGACGCUAGCUAGCCAACUGUCGCGCAAGGCUAGAGCUAAUAGCAUGCUAAUAACUACACGCCAGUCUAAUUCAUUAAUGUAAGGACAGGUUUGAGUUCGUUUUGUCAUGUGAACAACAUUUUAUUUAGGUUCUUGCUAAAUGUGUUUCGGACAUGUGGGUCAUGGCCUGGAGAUAUCACAACUGCUGGUUGUACUGAGGUUUGCCAGUGUGUGGGUGUCCAUUUUACAUUCAGCGCGCGCGUCAAAUAAUAGAACGUAGCGUCAGUUAGUUAGUGCUAUCCCGGCGCAGACGAAAACAUCAGUCGGGGAUAGGGAACAUCUGGAUACAGUUAUUUUAGUUUUAACCACAAAUUUACUCGCUAACUAAUGUCUUGUUGGCUAAUAUUAUGCAAACCAUCGAUUCUAGCCUAUAUUGUCAGCCAGUUAUUCCAUAGAUUUAAAUAUUUGUAUCAUUGAAAAACGGUGAAACAGACAAGUGUUGGAAGUACUGGAAUGUCUGGAAUGUGCCUGAUAAUUUUACUUGUCCAGACAGUCACAGAUUGCAUACUUUUGUUUGCAAUUUGUCAGAUGAGUUUGUAUAAAUCCUUUUCUGUUUGGUAUGGAUGUAACUACAGUACUUCACUCAUAUGGACUGUCAUGCAAAUAUCUGUCAAAGUAGACGCUCCUUUUAUCAGGGUGUUAGGGGACAAAAUGAAACUUUGGCUCUUGUGUUAUACUUUGUAUUCCAUGUUAUAGAGAAGCUUCUUAUAACAAAGAACACUUUAUUUUAUGAGGAUAGGAUUUGCCAUUGCUGAGGUCUUAUUUUCAAGUUAUUGGAAAAGGUUCGUGGACAGGUCAAUGUUAAUCCCUUGUCAAAAAUGGCACCUAAUCACCUGGAUUCUUAAAUUCAACAUGUUUUGUUCAAUAUCUCAAGAUAGGGUGGUUAUUUAUUUUGACAUUUUCAGUGCUGAUAUAUAACACAGAGAUGAUCCAAAUUAAAGUAACAUUUAUGAAAUUAAAAUGCUUUAUUACAGUAAUUGAAGACUAAUCAUUUAAGUUAAGGGUUUCAUAUUAAUAACAAAUCUUCAUGCUUUAUGCAAAACUGAGUUUGUAACAAUUUAUGAAAUAGGAAUACAACUUUUUAUACUAUUUUAUGCAAAUUAGAAACGUAAUAUGGUAAUUAGUUUGCACUAAAUUGGAAAAAUACAGCAUGUUAAGCCCAUUCACUUAAAGUAAGGUGGUCAUAUUGUUAACAUAUAUUGAUGAGUAAAUUGCCGCCCGUGUCAGCCCGCACGCGUGCGCAGACACACACCAGGGGUGGUAACAGAGUACAUCCAAGUAAUUAAGUAAUAAUUAACAAAAAGGGUUACUUUUUACCAAUUAGUAACUGUUAGGCUGUUAUGUUCUAUUCAGUAGCCCAACUGAUUAGGCCUAGAGUGCCAAAUAAUACACCCAACCCUGUGCCACCUGCAUACACACACCACACAGUAUACUCACACAGCACCCCCACCAACACACACAGCCUAACAUAGACAUACACUUCUCUGCAUCGCCACACACUCACACAGCAGAUGUACAGAUCCUUGCGACAUGGGGCCGUGCAUUAUCAUGCUGAAACAUGAGGUGAUGGCGGUGGAUGAAUGGCACGACAAUGGGCCUCAGGAGCUCGUCACGGUAUCUCAGUGCAUUCAAAUUGCCAUCGAUAAAAUGCAAUUGUUUAUUGUCCGUAGCUUAUGCCUGCCAUAUCAUUACCCCACCACCACGGGGCACUCUGUUCACAACGUUGACAUCAGCAAACCGCUUGCCCACACAUCUGGCCGGUACAGUUGAAACCGGGAUUCAUCUGUGAAGAGCACACUUCUCCAGCGUGCCAAUGGCCAUCGAAGGUGAGCAUUUGCCCACUGAAGUUGGUUACGACUCCGAACUGCAGUCAGUUCAAGACCCUGGUGAGCACGCAGAUGAGAUUCCCUGAGACAGUUUCUGACAGUUUGUGCAGAAAUUCUUCGGUUGUGUGUGCAAACCCACAGUUUCAUCAGCUGUCCGGGUGGCUGGUCUCAGACGAUCCUGCAUGUGAAGAAGCCGGAUGUGGAGGUCCUGAGCAGGCGUUGGUUACACGUGGUCUGCAGUUGUGAGGCCGGUUGGACAUACUGACGUAGAGAAAUGAACAUUCAAAUGAACAUUCAAUUCUCUGGCAACAGCUCUGGUGGACAUUCCUGCAGUCAGCAUGCCAACUGCACGCUCCCUGAAAACUUGAAACAUCUGUGGCAUUGGGUUGUGUGAAAACACGGCACAUUUUAUUGGCCUUUUAUUGUCCCCAGCACAAGGUGCACCUGCUUCAUGAUAUGCCACACCUGUCAGGUGGAUGGAUUAUCUUGGUAAAGGAGAAAUGUUCACUAAAAGGGAUGUAAACAAAUUUGUACAAAAAUAUUUGAGAGAAGUAAGCUUUUUGUGCAAAUGGAACAUUUCUAAGAUGUUUUAUUUCAGCUCAUGAAACAUGGGACCAACACUUUACAUGUUGCGUUUAUAUUUUUGUUCAGUAUGGCUAUGUUUUUAUCGAUUGUAGGGCUGUAGCCACUGAAUUCUGGUAGUUUUUACUUGAAAGAAUAAAACCAUCAAUCACAAAAUUCGCAGCUAGCACAAUAGCCUCUCGCCCGGCUCGUUGCCUAAGUUAACGGCGUCAGGCACUCCCACACAGCUAGCAAGCUACCACUCGUCAUGGAAAGGGGGUUGCGACACAUGAAUUUGGACAAAUCCUUGACAACCCAUACAUCAAAACGUAGCUACGAUGCUCUACUUUGAAAUCUGCUAUGUUUUUUUUGUCUCUGAAAAUAUAUCAAUGACAAGCAAAGGAAAAAUGUUUUACCUUAUGUCAGUCAAAAGAUGUACAUGAAUAAAGGGCUGCAUUCCCGCAGGAUGCCCGCGGGACCUGCGGGUCCCAACAGAUAAUUGUGGCGCGGUCGUCAUUUUUCAUGCUGUGGGUGGGAGCGGGCAGUCAUCAGACAACUUUGGGCCUAAAUCUUUUUUUUGUCCCGCAGAUUAUUUUGAAACGGUUGUCUUUCUGCUUUGUAUGCGUUAGCUUACCUAUUGUAUUAAAGACACAUCUUUGUCACAUUAUUCACACACUCAAAAUUCGCUGCUUCAAGUUCAGUAGCCUACCUCCUCUCCUAGUUGGGCAUGCGAGAUCAAGUGUGCCUAGUAUAUGUGUGGUCUCAUUGAAAUAGAGUAGACUGCCUAAUGCCUAUGCAUGGGCGGAGAAUCACGUGGCAGUUAUCUUUCCAAGGAAAGUAACUUAAAUAUGAUUAGACUAUAGUUAAGUACAGUUUCUGUAAAUAAAUAUUGAUAAUGGAAAAAGGUGGAGGGUGCUCAACCAACGUUAGUCGAGUUGCAAUAAAAAAAAAAUGGAUCAUUUAAAAGGAAAAGGUGUAACGCGCGCACAGGCUACCAUGGUGAGCGAGCUUUGCACCUUUUCAUUUUCAAUAAAUAUUGAUUUGAUAGCCUAAUAUAAUGGGCCACGUGAGAAUCUCUGGGAAUUUAACCUAUUUCCUAGGUUAUUUUUGCGCAUUUUGAUAUUGCCUAUAGGGCGCAAAUUGCUGUUACCAUUCCUGGCAAGUGAGCUGCGUCACAUAAGCCUAAAAUAAAAUUGCGGUACUGCGUUUGGGUUCAGGACCAGUUCUUGAGGUAGCGGGUGGGAGUUGGACAGAAAGCCAGAGGGUGCGGUAUGAAAAGCUGCAGGUGCAGCAGUAGCAGGAUGAAGAAGUCAGUCCCGCACAGACCUCUACCGUGAAACAUGCCUUAGGACUUUCCCAUACUUCUUGGCAAUACAAUGUUACAUCAAUCUUACUUUAGGUUGAGCAAUACCCAUCGCAAAUAGCAAAUAUAAACACAGAUUUCGCGGUUUUCACAAAAAGGGCUGCCCCUCAGAUUUGAACGUUCUUAGCUUUACAGUUGCUUUACUAACUUUUUAUAGCAGGCAUUAUAGAAAAUUAACACAGGUCUCCUAAACAAUCUCUCAAGCACUAACCCAUAUGCUAUUGAGUAGCCAGCUAAUCUUUAUAUUUCAAGUUUAGCCAACUUGGAUCUAUUUGCUAGCUAACAAGGUAGAACAGUUGAAUUGUUGUGAACACACCCUUCUGUCCGUCUUCAACUUUUUGAACAACCUGCUAGCCUCUCCACUUUGUUCAGAUGUUGAAAUCACGUGGCCUACCUUAUUUCUCAGAAUGCGAACAAAUUGCCAAUUCCAUAUAAUUGUUUUAUGCUUAUUGCACAUUAAUAGAACACAGACAACCUGAGCAUGAAUUUUCCAAAAACAAUGUUCCUUGAUACUCCUGUUUUAGUAGUCUGCUCUGUACGCAAUUUGAGGAGUUGAGACAAAGGGUAUUGUUAGAAAGGUUAACUACUCCUCUAUUACAGUAAAAUAAUGUAUUUCAGUGUCCAUAUGACCGAUUUUCUGUUCGACCAAACCGAGUUAAAACCGCUUGUCAGAGAGAAAGCACACAGCACAGAAUGGAGCAAAGGAGACGAGACCAAAAAGACAACAUGAGAACAUGCGGACAUAAACACUCAUAAAAAUGGAAAAAGUAUAAUUGAUUCUUGCAUAUAUAGGCAUUUGUAAUAUCGCGCUAAAACAUACAUUUUAAGUAAUCAAAUUAAUUCUAUAUAUCGCCCAGCCCUACUUGAAAGCUUGGUUUAUGUCACUCAUGGCUGUAAAAGUAUCCAUUCAACAUUCUCAAACGCUAGACGGGCUGUUAUGAAAACGUACGAUUGGAAACAUAACAUGCUUAUGAUAGCGUUGUCAGUAGUCAUGUGCACUGUAGGGAAUAGACAGUACAGUGACAGUAGGAUGAGUUUCAGUUGUGAAGUUGAACCCAGUUCCAGUGUAGAACAGGAAGUCUACUUUGCGGCUGCUUCAUUCCUGUAGUUGAGAAUAUGUUGGAUAAAACUGGGUUGAUGAGUUUAGUUGGGAAAUCCAAAUCUUCUGAUAGGCUAGGCCUGCUGUGUCAAUCUAGAGUCCAAAAGUAUGAUAUAAAUUACGAGGGGGAUCUCAGACUCGGAGUGUGAAGCAGGCCUUAAAAUGUGCUACACAUAGGAUUAGUAAAAAAUUAUUUUUGCAUUGUAAUUUCAGAAAAUGUCCAUAAUAAAUCUGCAGUAAUAGUGGAAUGAUUGUGUUUCACAGUGUUACUUACCCGCCGGUGUCUGUGUUAUCUAGUGGAAAUGGGGUCAAGCGCCAAUAUAGAAAUUGCUCUGUCAUUUCCUGGUUGCUGAAAUUCUACACUGUUCGCUCAAUUUCAGUUAGCCUAAUGUGAGAAAAUAAGCACUGAAUAGUGUAGGGAAUCAUUGCACCAUUUAAAUCACUGUGAAAUAUAUUUUCAAUAACAGAAAAUAUAGUUUUUACAGCUGUUAGACGCUGGUGGACAAAAACUGAAAGUAAAAGGCUGAAGCGUGAGUCUGCAAUGUUAUGGGAUGCGGGAGAGGGGGAGAUUUGUUUUGAAUGCAGCCUAGUGGGAGUGGGAGUGACAUGUAGGCUAAAGCCUACUACACAGACAUGGGUUUAUAAUCGACUAGCUCCUGUUUCAGGUGGAUCUAUCCUAUUUUAUAAUAGCCUAUCUAAUAUGUUUAGGCUACGUUUCCAUGCUUCAUGUGCUUAAGUGUUCCACUUAGAGAAAUAUGGCGUGCGUAAUGAGGGCAAGCAACAAGAUGGUAGUCUUCAAUGAAGAUAGUGGCUAGUAACACCUCGCUGUGACUCCCCACUGCCUCCCCCACACCGCACCCGCAGUGUUUACAUUCACACCAACCAUUUGGCCUGUUGAGACUUCAGUAAUCAUUUAACUCUAAGUGAGAGGCCCAUUCUCAAACUGCUUGGCAUUCACAUCAAAGUGUGUGUACACGUGUUCACCUCAUCCAGGUGGGAGCAUGUUGAGUAAUUUGUAAUUCAAUUGGAUUUAUCUCUUUAUCUCUUUAUCUCUUCCUAACCGGAGUACCUGUGCUCAGAGAGCUGGCGUACUCCAACAGCUUCUUCAAUUGUAGCGUGUUUUUGCCGCAGAGUCAAAUCAUUCAAAAUAAAAUGUUAUUUGUCAAAUGCUUCGUAGACCACAGGUGUAGACUAAAAGUGAAAUGCUUACUUACGGGUCCUUUUCCAACAAUGCAGAGUCUGUAGCUCAAUUGGUAGAGCAUGGCGCUUGUAACGCCGGGGUAGUGGGUUCGAUCCCCGGGACCACCCAUACUUAAAAAUGUAUGCACGCAUGACUGUAAGUCGCUUUGGAUAAUGGCAUAAAAAAAAUAUAUUAAAGAUAAUAUAUAUUUUUUAAAGUGACAGUGACAAGGAAUAAAUACACAAUGAAUAACGAAUAAAAAUAAAGAGUAGAAAAUAACAUGGCUAUAUACAGGGAGUACCAGUACUGAGUCAGUGUGCAGGGGUACGAGGUAAUUGAGGUAGCCAUGUACUGUAGGUAGGGGUAAAGUGACUAGGCAACAGGAUAGAUAGACAGUAGCAGCAAUGUUUGUGGUGAAAGUGUAUGUGUGUGUUUAGGUGUAAGAGUUGGUGCAAAAAAGGGUCAAUGCAGGUAGCCAUUUGAUUAGCUAUUUAGCAGUCUUGUUUAAAAGUCUUGGGGAUAGAAGCUGUUCAGGGUCCUGUUGGUUCCAGACUUGGUGCAUUGGUAUCACUUUCCAUGCUGUAGCAGAGAGAACAGUCUGUGGCAGUUUUGGGCCUUCCUCUGACACCGCCUGGUAGGCUUGGGCGGUAUACCGUAUCUACCGUAUACCGGGGUAUUUGGAAAUAGCCACGGGAUGGUUUGUCAAUACCGGUGAAACUAUUUAUUUGAAGUUUUUCAAUAUGUUUUAAUAUUUGUAGCUAUUUUAAGUAAAUACCUGCAGUCAACUUGUGCAAUACGUUAGGAGAUGAAGCAGAUCGUGUUCUUCAUUUCACCUGUCACGUUAUUUUACAUUAUGAAGCUUACCAUAGUUCCCAGAACAGUUGAGCCAGUUACGUGUUUGUUUGUAAAUAGCACAACCGGAGAAAGCGACAGUUUGUGACGGGUUGCGUUAUAUAUUGAAAGUGUUUUUUUGCUUCAAUAGAGUGAUCAGGGACAUACAACUAUAGUUUUCCUUCACAGAAAGCGCUACACAUUCGGCAGAAAAUAGCUUAAUUGUCAUCAGAUGAAAGUGCAACGCUAUUUGGCUGGCAGCCACACAAGUAAAUAAGCUAACAAUGAAAAAGCAAGUUCUUUUUUGCAAAAACGAUGCAUGACCAUAAUAUUUCUAAUGUUUAUCAUAGAAAGAGUGUAGCCAGCUACAUUUCCUAAUGUUUUGCUUAAAGUUAAUCUUGCAUUUUACUGAAGAAAAGUAGUCUGGUAGUCACGAGAAAAGAACCAGAGAAAAGUAACUGCACAUCAGUCAGGGCACUGCCUGCUGUUAGAAUGCUUUGGGAAUUCUCAUGCGAGUGGAGAAGUGCAACUGAAGCACAAAAUGAGUUUGAUGCCAAGCAGAAAUUACAAUAAGAAGUAUUUUAGAUCUGCGUUUACAAAACGCAGCAAGAUAUUUCUUUAGCGUGUUUUAUAUGUUUUCCUGUGUGAAAAACAAAGAAUGAUAGUUAGGGAGACCCCUAAGUUUAACUUGCUAGUUAUUUAAUGAAGUGGCUGAAUUUAUAAGAUGACUGGGCAUCAUAUUGUUCGCUUUCUGACAUGUUUGAUACAUCAAAGCCCUGUGGAUGGGUUAUCUGUACAGCUGCCACUGCUGCUUGAUUUCCUUGCGCUUUUUUUCUCCUCUCUGCUCAUCUGCUCCUCCCCCAUCUUCUGGAGCAGAGCAGGCAGGCCUGUUGCCCUAACAACUCCCAGACGCAACACACAGACAGUGUGUACACACUACUGUUCUUCCUUCAGAAAAUGUGUUAAAACUUUCUUCAUUUGCACAAUCUCUCGUUCACAUUCGCUUGUAAAUGUCCAAACUCACAAAAAAUGACAUUCGGUAGCUCCUACCUAUACAUGUAUAACUUUAUGAGCGGGAUUGCCUGUCUUUGGAAUUUGUUUAUUUUCGUUUGCACUCGUUAGCAUAUUUAGCUAGCAGCCUCCAUGGAGAUUCUGUAUUAUUUGUGCUAAUUUUGUUAGCAUUCUGGUAAUAGACGCCCAAUGGUAUUUUUUUUCGCACCCCCUUGUGUACUAAGCUGUUAAUAAUACAGUAAAUCCUGGGAUUGGAGAAGGACGGUAUGACGAUAUGAAAAUCUGGAUACUGCCCAACCCUACCGCCUGGUAUAGUCACUAUUAAUAGCAACGUCGGCAUUUGUCUAAUAAAAUAUAUUUACUGUCAGUAAUGCUGCAAUAUGUAACUGUUUGGGCGACCUUACCAAAUUCACAUAGAUGUCAUUCUCAUUGAAAGCAAGUCUAAUAAGCAGUAGAUCUGUUCUAUGUGCGCUAUAUCUAUGCUUCCCGUUCAGUUUAGUUUUAGCCACUUACUUUCAGUUUUGUACACCAACUUCAAACAGCUGAAAGUACAAUAUUUGUAGUUAUUGACAAUACAUUUCACAGCAGUUUAGAUGGUACAAUUAUUCUCUUCACUAUGCAUAGCUUUUUUUGUCACAAACUGAAAUUAGGCAAACUAUUAGAAUUUUAGCAACCAGGAAAUGGCGACGCGAUUUCUACAUAUUGCACCUUUAUAUGUUUGUCAGCGUUUGUUGAUAGUAGCCUCGAGUCGGUGAGUGCAUCCCAAAUGGCCCCCUAUUUAGUGCUCUACUUUUGACCAGGGCCCAUAGUGCACUACAUGGGCAAUAGGGUGCUUUUUGGGAGUCAGGCAGUGGCUUUUUAUGUCCUCCUCUCGUGCAUCCAAUGCCUGAGUUUGUAAAUGGAGCCGACUCCCUUCUCUUCCCUCUGACCCGGUGAACUGUGGCUAUGCAGAAAUAGACCCAUACAGAGAGCAGGAUCAGUUUCCUCCCUGCUCUGAUCUAUCAGCCCUGGUAAAGACCACGAAGGGAGGCAUGAUGGAUCUAUUCUAGUGGAAACAGGAUUCUCCUCUAUAGAGGGAUAUGGACGGCACAUUAUGGCCAGGGCGGUUUCCCGGACACAUGUUCGUCGUAGUCCUGGACUAAGAAACAUGCUCAAUGGAGAAUCUAAAUUUUUAAAUAACUUUUUAGUCCAGGACUAGGAUCAAUCUGUGUCUAGGAAACCAGCCCUAAUGUUAUACUGGUUAUUAGAGAGGGUGACAUUAUAAAGGGUUUGUGCCAAUUAGGUGUGUCAGUUAUUGUAGGCCUACUUGUUGUGGGUGUUUGUUACUGAUUGAGAUUGACUGGAAGUCUCACAAGUGUAAAUGAAAGUAGUCCCAGAGAAGUCUGUUUAGGGGUAAAGGGGAGGUUGUAAGGGAUGACAUUUUUGUCCUUUAAUCUCAUAUAAAAACACUAUCUCUUAUUAGUCUAGGUGUGGGGUGGCCCAUAUGGGGUUUCACCUGCCAUGAGUUUAUUUACACAUUUGUCCAUUUGUUGAUAUUAUUUUGUUCCUUCUCUCCCUAGGCCAGCUGAACAAAUCUUCCCCAAAGAAGCCUCGGAGUCGGAAUAUCUUCAAAGCGCUCUUCUGUUGCCUCCGAGCACAGGAUGCCCCUCAGCCUACACCCCCUGCCCAGGAUACCCUACUCCCUCCUGAGGACAAUGGGACGAUCGACAAGGUAACAAACACAACCGCCAGUCAGCCAGCCACUCCAGUGGUCCACAGCUGCAUAGGUCGAAAAAAUACAGGUUAAGAUAACGUAUUAAUUCCAUGCGGCAGCGUUAGAAAAUAAAUUGGACCAGCACUGUUGCUGAUUCUAUAGGAUUAGCAUUGAAAACGUGACUAGAAAUGGGGAAAUCAAGUAGUAAAGUGGCUGUAGAUAAUUAGAAAAACAGAAUGACAGUAAAACAGUAAUGCUAUGCGUUUGCUGAGUAGUUAGCUGUAAUUUACUAUGAUUGUGUUUAUUUUCCACUUUGAUGGCAAACUUUCUUUUUAUAUAGUAAUAUACACUGAACAAAAAUAUAAUACUAGGGUUGCACAUUUUGGUCACAACAUUUUGGUCAGACCCGUCAAUAACCGGUCAACAAACUGUUACAUUUUUUCUAAACAGUAAAAUGACAUGACCAACAGAAAAUACUAUUAGACAUCUGUAUAUAAUGACGAGAUGCUUAUGUUUCCGCUCUAACAAAGGGAGUUGGGCCAAGGCGGGAAGGCAGGCGACAAGCUUAGGCACAAAAUAAGCCCAUAGAAACGUAUUGAGCUUAUUUUGGACAGAUUUUGGCGAAUGUGGAAUAUCUCGUUUUGCCUCUUCCUCUCUGAUACUAUGCAUGCAUACAAGGACCAAACAUUUUUCAUUAAGAGCUUAAUGGAAACAUGCAACAAUAGCAAGCCUAUCGUAUUACAGUUCAAAAGGCUAUAGCCUAUUAUUGACGAGCAGUUGUGACAGAUUAUAAUCUCUGUUCGAAAUUUAGAAAGAGGGGGAAUCUAAUAGCAACAAAUAUGAUGGGUUGCUAAUAUGACUAGGAUUGUGCCUUUGGCUUCUGGACAAUUAAAUAAAGUUGUCAUGAAAACCAAUAGAACAGGAGAGAAAUGAGGAAGUCUUAUAAAAUAAUUUCCAUCCACGUUUCUACAGAUGGUUUUCACAAGGCUACUUUGAAGCAAGGUAAGACAUGCCUCAUUAUUUGAAAUAAAGUAAAACAUUCAGGUUUCAAACAAUUAUUCUGCCUCAAGCUCACAUUGCAAAGUGGUGGGUGACGUGCUGAUAGUCAAUGGUAGGUAGGCUAUAAAAAAGAAAAGAGGACCAAGGCACUCUUCAUAUAAUUAAUGAAAAUGCCUUUAUUUGUAUGGCAUGUUUUCUCCGACUUGUUUCAGCUACAUGGCCUUCGUCAGGGAGUACAAGAAUAUGAUAAUACAAUGUCCUCUUUUGAACAGAUUUUUCCAAACAACCCUGAUUAGAAGAGGGAAUGGUUACAUAAUUCAUUGGACAACACCUAGUAAGCAAUACUAUACCCAUUAAAAAGUUAAACAGAUGCCUCACAGGUCCUCAACUGGCAGUCUUCAUUAAAAAGUACCCGCAAAACACCAGUCUCAACGUCAACAGUGAAGAGGCGACUCCGGGAUGCUGAUCUUCUAGGCAGAGUUGCAAAGAAAAAGCCAUAUCUCAGACUGGCCAAUAAAAAUAAAAUAUUAAGAUGGGCAGUCUGAGAUAUGGCUUUUUCUUUGCAACUCUGCCUAGAAGAUCAGCAUCCUGGAGUCGCCUCUUCACUGUUGACAUUGAGACUGGUGUUUUGCGGGUACUAUUUAAUGAAGACUGCCAGUCUGGAUAAGAGCGUCUGCUAAAUUACAAAAAGAAAAUCCAGUUUCAUCAUAGCGCUUGAUGGUUUUUCUGACUGCACUUGAAGAAACUUUCAAAGUUCUUGAAAUUUUCCAGAUUGACUGACCUUAAUGUCUUAAAGUAAUGAUGGACUGUUGUUUCUCUUUGCUUAUUUGAGCUGUUCCUGCCAUAAUAUGGACUUGGUCUUUUACCAAAUAGGGCUAUUUUCUGUAUACCACCCCUACCUUGUCACAACACAACUGAUUGGCUCAAACGCAUUAAGAAGGAAAGAAAUUCCACAAAUGUACUUUUAAGGAGGCACCCCUGUUAAUUGAAAUGCAUUCCAGGUGACUACCUCAUGAAGCUGGUUGAGAGAAUGCGUGUGAAAAGCUGUCAUCAAGGGCGGCAGAUAGCUUAGUGGGUAAGAGCGUUGUGCCAGUAACCGAAAGGUCGCUGGUUCUAAUCCCAGAGCCGACUAGGUCAAAAAUCUGUCUGUGCCCUUAAACAAGGCACUUAACCCUAAUUGCUCCUGUAAGUCGCUCUGGAUAAGAGCGUCUGCUAAAUGACUAAAAAAUAAAAUAAAAAGCAACGGGUGGCUACUUUGAACACUUUUUUGGUUACUACAUGAUUCCAUAUGUGUUAUUUCAUAGUUUUGAUGUCUUCACUAUUAUUCUACAAUGUAGAAAAUAGUAAAAACAAAGAAAAACCCUGGAAUUAGUAGGUUUGUCAAGCCUUUGACUGGUACAGUAUAUGUAUAGAUUUUAUUUUCCUCCAGCGCUGGUCCAAUAAAAUUGUUUAUUUUCGAAUGCUUCUGCAUGGAAUUAUUACGUUAUCUUAACCUUUUUAUCUUCAACCUAGACAGCUCCUAAUACAGGACAGACUUCAUAAAAGUUAGGCUGGCUGAGUACACUGAGUACUUUAUAGAAAGCAUUAGUGUAGUAGACCAACUUCUGUCCAAGAGGCUGUGGCUAGUAAUGAUGUAAUUUUACAUCAGAAUUGGUCUUAAAAAGUGACAUGUCCCAUUAAUAGUUUUGAUUUUGAGGUAAGUCAUGUUAGAUAAAUCGGAGUAAAUGGAGAAUAAAGGCUGGAUGGAGAUUUUAUAACUUCUCCCUGACCGAUAAAUUGAACUUCAUCCUCUACAUUCUUAUCGCUUCAGAUUCAGUGUGCUGCUGUCUUCUUAAAUCUGCACUCACGUUGUUCAGUACUCUAGAUGCACCAUGUAAUUACAAGAUCAGAUGGCUAUUGGGGCCUAAUAUGACUCUGAAUCACGAUGGCUCUAUUAAUGUAAUUAACCAACUAGAGUAGAGCUGGCCUGAUUUUAUACGGUACAACACUCGUAUUUGGGUAAGUGGGUAAGCAUGCCUGCGUCCCAAAUGGCAGCAAAUUGUCGAUAUAGUGCACUACUUUAGACCAGGGCCCAUAGGGCUCUAGUCAAAAGUAGUGCACUAUAUCGAGAAUAGGGUGCCAUUUGGGACGCGUCCCAUGUCUUUAUUACCCUGCAGAUUAAUAUCUGUGACUCUCUGAAUUACAGUUCCACUUGGCUUAAUUACUCAUGUCCCCACACCAUGUUAAGAUGUUCGACUGCUCACGAACAUCACAAGAAUUUACUCAACCGCAGUUCAGUCUUAUGGAUUUAAUUGGGCCAAGAUAGAGGGUGGCGAUAAAGACAAUUAAAUGAUUCAAAUGCAAGCGUUUUCUCGUAGUUGAAAGGCAGGUUUACCACCACACUUCACAGAUCUGCCCUGUAAUAAUUUUAUUAGAACUACAGUAUAUUGAUGACACUGUUUUAGUAAGCAUGUUGGUGAAUGUGAGCUGUUCAGACUUAGGCUAAAAGGUCAAACUCAGCCCUGAGUUAACUAAUCGUCCCCUUCGACUGAUGAUGCUUCAACCAUUUACCAAAAACAUUAAUCAUCAAUAAAGAAAAAACCCACACCAAGCUAUGUUAUGUUUUACUUUAUCACAUAGGUUAACAUGACUGUGUGGACCUCACUGUUCUUAUGUCCAAAGUGUUCAGAGAGAGCAUGGCUAGGUUUAGAAUAAGAUAAGCACCUUGUAGGCGGCAGCACGUUUAGACUGAGUAAAAUAUUUUGGCUGCCGAUAUUAGGCUAGUUUUCUCCCACCAUUAGGCAGUAUUAGGCCUAUCCUCAAGCCAAUGAAAGACCAUGUAGCCUAGUGCUUGUUUGUGUUCUCCUACUAGGCACAGUUCAGAAUGGUCAUGGAUAUAGGUCUAGAAUAGAUGUUUGUGUUGAGCCCUGUUGGUGGGUUUGGGAUGGAUGAGUGGGAGUUGACUCUAGAACCUACACUGAACAAAAAUAUAAACGCAGCAUGUAAAGUGUUGGUCCUGUCGUUAUUAGAAAAGCACGAACAUAAAAUGUUCCUUCACAGUCCCAUGUUUCAUGAGCUGAAAUAAAAGAUCCCAGACAUUUUCCAUACGCACAAAAAGCUUAUUUCUCUCAAAUUGGGCACAAAUUUGUUUACAUCCCUGUUAGUGAGCAUUUCUUCUUUGCCAUGGUAAUCCAUCCACCUGACAGGUGUGGCAUAUCAAUAAGCUGAUUUAACAGCAUGAUCAUUACAUAGGUGCACCUUUUGCUGGUGACAAUAAAAGGCCACUCUAAAAUGUUCGGUUUUGUCACACAACAGAAUGCCACAGAUGUCUCAAGUUUUGAGGGAGCGUGCAAUUGGCAUGUUGACUGCAGGAAUGUCCACCAGAGCUGUUGCCAGAUAAUUUGUAAUGUUCAUUUCUCUACCAUAAGCAGCCACCAACGUCGUUUUAGAGAAUUUGGCAGUAUGUCCAACCGGUCUCACAAUCACAGACCACGUAUAUGGCGUCGUGUGGGCGAGUGGUUUGCUGAUGUCAACGUUGUGAACAGAGUGCCCCAUGGUGGCGGUGGGGUUAUGGUAUGGGAAGGCAUAAGCUACAGACAAUGAACACAAUUGCAUUUUAUCGAUUGCAAUUUGAAUGCACAGAGAUACCGUGACGAGAUCCUGAGGCCCAUUGUCGUGCCAUUCAUCUGCCGACAUCACCUCAUGUUUCAGCAUGAUAAUUCUGUACACAAUUCCUGGAAGCUGAAAAUGUCCCGGUUCUUCCAUGGCCUGCAUACUCACCAGACAUGUCACCCAUGGGACUGAUUUCCUUAUAUGAACUGUAACAGUAAAAUCUUUGAAAUUGUUGCAUGUUGCGUUAAUAUUUUUGUUCAGUAUUGUUAAUGCAUAUUCAUCAUCUCCAGCACCACCCCAACAUCAAAUGUGAAAAUUGUACGUUUUGUAGUAAAAAAAAGAGAGAGGAAGAGAAUUGUUUCCAAUGACAUCUUCUGUGAUUUUAACCAAUUAUGAGUAGGCAUUGCCUACUAAUUGGUUGUUGUCAUUGGAAACACUUAUCUUCCGUUCUUUCUUACUACAAAAUAUAGAAACAUGCCAUUUGCACAUGUGGUGGUGCUGGAGAUGAUUAAUAUGAAGUAGAGAAAUUGUGAAAUGUCCCUUUAACUGUCUUUUCAUCUCUCUGUUUAGCUUGAUCUACUUCAGAACCUUCGCUACCAGUUACAUCAAGUACGUAAAGGACAAUAUCACUGUGGUUUUUGUUGGAGUAGAGACUAGACUGAAUGGGCUUGGAUUAAACUGUUACUUUUGGUAUGAUGCUAUAUAUUAUAACUGAUAAUUCUGUGUUUUGAUCCAUUAUCCAUUGAUCCAUGUUAAACAGUUAAGCUAUUCUAUUUGGGGUGGAAAAGGAAAUGAAUUCACUUUUACGGGACGGUGUGCAUUGUGCAAUAGGAUACGUGUCUGAAAUUGUAAUGUGUAUGGACGAAUUAUAUACGCUAGGACCAAAUACAUUAACAUAUCAAGAAGUCCCCUUUUGUUACUGUAGAUGGGUUAUUAUUCUGGAACUCACAUUGAACCCUUCAUUCUCAAACUAAAAGGUUUUCCUAGCUGGAGAAAUGUGAUUCCUGUAUAGAAUCGCACCAGAGGUUCCAGGUCAAUAGAUGAUAGAUUCCCUCUGGAAUAUUUAAUUGAAGGUGCAAUAUGCAGAAAUCACGCUGCCAUUUCCUGGUUGAUAAAAUUUGAAUAGUUUGCCACAUUUCAGUUUGUGACAAAACAAGCAGUCAUUGUGUAGAGAAACAUUGUACCAUCUAAACCGCUGUGAAAUAUAUUUUCCAUAACCAAUAAUAUUGUAUUUGUACAAAACCGAAAGUAAAAGACGCAAUAACGAAACUUAAGGGAAGCAUAGAAAUAGCGCACAUAGAACAGAUCGCUUCUUAGACAUGCUUUCAAUGAGAAUGACAGCCUUAACUGACAUUUCUAUGUGAAUUUGAUUGGGUCGCCCAAAAAGUUACUUAUUGCAGCUUUAAGAUUGGGGUGUGUCAUCUUUCAUUUAACUUGUAGGGGAAAGGUCACCUGAUGGACAAAUGCGUUACUACAGUGCACUCUGAAUAUAAGAAUCAACCACUUAGAGGUUUUAAACGGUGGGACAGAAGUAUUUCUAAACUGUAUUUACAAUGUACUUUACUGGGACCGAUGUGAUUCUAAUAACCAAUGCGAUUCUUACAAGACUGGUGCGCUGUAAUGUGAUAACAGGAGAAGAGAGAGGAGGAUGUGAGUAACGUAGUGGUGCAGGUUUAGUUAUGUGGUUCCGUUUUGACCUUCCCACCUAUACCCUGCUUCUAUCCUCUACCCUCUACCCUCCUCUUCUCCUCUACUCCUCCUCUAAUCAUCCUCUAAUCUUCUAUCCUCCUAUGCUUUUCGACCCGCGAAGCCUCGACGCGGCGACCCGCGCCGUCCGCGGACGCGUCGACACCGCGGAAGCCGGACGCGGCACCCGCGAAUCUCGCGACGCGGCGUACCCUGAAGCCUCUACUCUUCUACCCUCUAAUCCUCUACUCUUCUACCCUCUAAUCCUCUACUCUUCUACCCUCUAAUCCUCUACUCUUCUACCCUCUAAUCCUCUACUCUUCUACCCUCUAAUCCACUACUCUUCUACCCUCUAAUCCUCUACUCUUCUAACAUUUUAAUCAUCCUCUACUCCUCUACCCUCCUCUAAUCAUCCUCUACUCCUCUACCCUCCUCUAAUCAUCCUCUAAUCUUCUACCCUCCUCUACUCCUCCUCCUCUACUACUCCUUUAUCCUCUACUUCUCUCUUCCUACUCUUCCCCUGUUCCGCUCAGGUCCCAGGGACCAGUCUACUGCCCGAGGUAACCCCCCAGGAUGAGGGCAAGAUCUGUGUGGUCAUUGACCUGGAUGAGACACUGGUGCACAGCUCCUUCAAGGUAAUACACAUACACACAGGUAAUAAGAAACAGUGCUAUUGGAAAACAUAGUUUGACCUAUUAUCUCACCACAUAUCCAGAAUUAGGAGACAUCUUGUUUUGAUCCUGUGCAGGCCAUGGCAGUUGAUCAUACAUAAUAGCAUGAUCCAUAGCUCUUACUUAACCUGUUUGCAACAACAAGCUGUAAUCGUUUGAUCGGCUAGUCCUCUUUCUUUGUGUCCCGUCUGACUUCAAGAUCCCACUAUUAGACUGUGUCGUAGGUGGUAAUGGACAGCUGUUAGCUGGAUCAGGUAGCUCUUUACACUGGCUGUGAGACGGGAGCUGCUGAUGCUGUAAACAUAUUCAAUCAACAAAUCAAUGGUCACUGGCAGACAAACCACUGUUGUCCACGUCCCCCAUAGUUAACAUGUUUCUCAUAACAAGGCAUGAUUUGGUUUGCUUUUGUUGGGGAGUGGGAGGGUUAGUUUUUUGCUCAUUUAAAACUUUGAUAUGCUUUUAGAUGAAUCUCCUAAUCAGAAUAUCAAACUUUUUUAGUUAAUGUAUACGUCUGUCUUUUGCGUGUCACUGCAACUGAUUAUAUUUUAUCUGAAAACUGUGAUGGUAAAUGGUCGUCUUCUCCUCAUUCUGUAGCCCGUCAGUAAUGCUGACUUCAUUGUACCUGUGGAGAUUGAAGGAACAACACACCAGGUAACUGACAAUGGCAUUUAGAUCAACGUACAUGUAUGUGUGUGGAUAUAUACACUACCAGUCAAAAGUUUGGACACACCUACUCAUUCAAGGGUUUUUCUUUAUUUUUACUAUUUUCUACAUUGUAGAAUAAUAGUGAAGACAUCAAAACUAUGAAAUAACACAAAUGGAUUCAUGUAGUAACCAAAAAAGUGUUAAACAAAUCCAAAUAGCCAUCCUUUGCCUUGAUGACAGCUUUGCAUACUAAGUAACCACGCCAGCCCAGGACCUCCACAUCUGGAUUCUUCCCCUGCGGGAUCAUCUGAGACCAGCCACUUGGACAGCUGAUGAAACUGAGGAGUAUUUCUAUCUGUAAUAAAGCCCUUUUGUGGGGAAAAACUAAUUCUGAUUGGCUGGGCCUCGUUCCCCAGUGGGUGGGUCUAUGGCAGCGCCCCUGGCUAUAGAUUAGGGCCUGAUGAAUUUAUUUAAAUUGACUGAUUUCGUUAUAUGAACUGUAACUCAGUAAAAUUGUUGCAUGUUGCGUUUUAUAUUUUUGUAAAGUAUAUAAUGUGUAUACACACACACACAAUAUAUACAGAAGUAUGUGGACACCCCUUCAAAUGAGUGGAUUUGGCUAUUUCAGCCACACCCGUUGCUGACAGGUGUAUCAAAUCGAGCACACAGCCAUCCAUAGACAAACAUUGGCAGUAGAAUUACUGAAGAGCUCAGUGACUUUCAACGUGGCACUGUCAUAGGAUGCCACCUUUCCAACAAGUCAGUCAGUAAAAUGUCUGCCCUGCUUGAGCUGCCCCAGUCAAAUGUUAUUCCGAAGUAGAAUAGUCUAGGAGCAACAAUGGCUCAGCCGCAAAGUGGUAGGCCACACAAGCUCACAGAACUGGACCGCCGAGUGCUGUUGCGCGUAAAUAUCGUCUGUCCUCGGUUGCAACAUCCUCUGGAGCAACGUCAGCACAAGCACUGUUUGUCGGGAGUUUCAUGAAAUGGGUUUCCAUGGCCGAGCAGCCGCACACAAGCCUAAGAUCACCAUGCGCAAUGCCAAGCGUCGGCUGGAGUGGUGUAAAGCUUGCCGCCAUUGGACUCUGGAGCAAUGGAAACGCGUUGUCUUGAGUGAUGAAUCACGUUUCACCAUCUGGCAGUCCGAUGUACGAAUCUGGGUUUGGCAGAUGCCAGGAGGACGCUACCUGCCCCAAUGCAUAGUGCCAACUGUAAAGUUUGGUGGUGGAGGAAUAAUGGUCUGUGGCUGUUUUUCAUGGUUUGUGCUAGGCCCCUUAGUUCCAGUGAAGGGAAAUCUCAUCACUACAGCAUACAAUGACAUUCUAGAUGAUUCUGUGCUUCCAACUUUGUGGCAACAGUUUGGGGAAGGCCCUUUCCUGUUUCAGCAUGACAAUUUCCCCCGUGCACAAAGAGAGGUCCAUACAGAAAUGGUUUGUCGAGAUCGAUGUGGAAGAACUUGACUGGCCUGCACAGAGCCCUGACCUCAAUCCCAUCGAACACCUUUGGGAUUAAUUGGAAUUCUGACUACGAGCCAGGCCUAAUCGCCCAACAUCAGUGCUCGACCUCACUAAUGCUCUUGUGGCUGAAUGGAAGCACGUCCCCGCAGCAAUGUUCCAACAUCUAGUGGAAAGCCUUCCCAGAAGAGUGGAGGCUGGUAUAGCAGCAAAAGGGGUACCAACUCCAUAUUAAUGCCCAUGAUUUUGGAAUGAGAUGUUCGAUGAGCAGGUGUCCACAUACUGUAGGUUGUGUGUGUGUGUAUGCCAAAUAGUCAGCCUCCCUGUGGUUAUGUUUAGCUAUUGCAGCCCAUUGGAGUAGCACUAUCGCAUUUACAUUUACGUCAUUUAGCAGACGCUCUUAUCCAGAGCGACUUACAGUUAGUGAGUGCAUACAUUUUCAUACUGCUACAUGAAAUCAAAUUUGAAAUCAAAAGUAAUGUUUAAAUGGAACAUUUGUUGUAUAAACGUGUUUUCUUCCCUAGUCAAAAUGGAUAUACUUAGUAGUUAUUGUAGAAGUCAUAGAUAUGUAUCAAUUGUACAUAUUUUAAAGCUGUAUAGUACAGUUAAGCCAAGGGCCAGCGAGGCCUCCCUCACCCCACUCCAGCCUCCUCAUCCUGGGACACUGGCCACAGCUCUCUGGCCUCAGCCUGGUUCAAGUAAUCCAGGAUAGGCUGGUUCCCGCCAGCAUGGCCUAUUCUCGAUUACUUGUUUCAGGAGGCGGCUGACCACUUCCAACAUGGCCCUCUUGGACGACAACACAUACAGACGCUUGAACGCUUUCCCUGACCCACAGACGGAAUAAGUAGGAAAGAACAGGCAGACCAAACCGGGAGGCAGGCCUAAUUUUUAACCCUUAUUUUAACCUUCAUGUUCAGUUAUUUUUGUAAUAUUCAAGUUCUAUUAUUUUCUGUUUUUUUCCCCCCACUGUUGCCUUUUCAAUUAGCCAAAACAUUAGCCUUGUUAAGCCAGGUGAGUAGACUGUAGCCACUAGCCAGUAAAUAACUUUGAUCAGAUUGCAGAUCAAUAGAUACUGUGGUCCCUAGGGACUGAGGUUGUGUGUGUGUGUGUGUUUGUGUGUGUGUGUGUAGGUGCUCCAGUCAGUUAGUCCAAAGACUAGUGUUCAUAGAUGGUCGCUGCUAGAUAGCUGUACUUGAUUCCCCUAGCCAGAUACUUAUAGCCAUGCUGUGAUGUGUCCCAGGUUUACGUCCUGAAGAGGCCACAUGUAGACCAGUUCCUCCAGAGGAUGGGAGAGCUGUUUGAGUGUGUUCUCUUCACUGCAAGUCUCGCAAAGGUAACAUUGCUUUUAGUGUUGAUUUAGAAAAUGAACUGGUACUUAUUCAAUUUGCUCCCCCUGGUGGUGAUGAGAUAUACCUGUUGUAAAAGUAGCAAUUCCAGCAAUGUUCACACAUCUGUACCACCCAACAUACCACUCUCCCCUUACGUACUACUCUGUCCUACAUCCGUGCCUGGCCCUCUCUUUCUGUUUCUAUCUGUAUCUCUUCCCCCUGUCUCCCCUGCAGUAUGCAGACCCAGUGACAGACCUGCUGGAUCAGUGUGGUGUGUUCGGGACACGUCUCUUUCGGGAGUCCUGCGUGUUCCACCAGGGCUGCUACGUCAAGGACCUGAGCCGCCUUGGCCGCCAGCUCAACAAGACCCUCAUCCUGGACAACUCCCCCGCCUCCUACAUCUUCCAUCCUGAGAAUGCUGUGAGUGCUGCUGCCUAGCCCAAUCUUUCUCUGAGCUUUACUGCAUCACCAAAGGCCUAACUGGCCUGUCCCAAUGUGGAAUCACUGAGGUGAUCUUCCUAUUUUAAGCUAUUUGAUGAUGCAAUUUUAUUUUCUGAAUGUGUGUUUUGUCUAAACUGGAAAUCAACGUUUCCCAACUGCAGAGUGACAGGAAAGGGUCUUUCCUUCAUUAAUAGCCUUCUCUAAAAUGUACAUGUUUUAAUCUGAUUGUGUGUCCCCUCAGGUGCCUGUGGUGUCCUGGUUUGACGACCUGGAGGACACUGAGCUGCUGAGCCUCCUACCCGUCUUUGAGGAGCUGAGUGAGGCGGACGACAUCUAUGCCAAACUGCAGCAGCUACGAGCCCCCUGA